AUGUCGACUCCCCGCUUGCGACACAGGCCUCAGGUGGAAGAUGAGGAUGCAGCAGCGUUGAAGCUUGGGUCUGGUAUGGCUAAUCUCGCGUCAGAGUUCAACAAUGCCGGUUGUCUGCUAAUCUCUGAGGUGAAGUAUCUGCUCGAGAACAGGGAUAAGGAGCCACCAGAUACUGCCGUCUACAAUAAGACGCUGGAGUACGUCAAGACUUUCGGCAAGUUCAACACGACCGACGCAGCGAGCGCAGUUCGAGAGACUCUUCGCCGAGAACCUGCACUAACACAGUUUGAGACCGCCCAAAUUGCGAACUUGUGCCCGGCAGACUCUGAGGAAUCGAAGAGCAUCAUUCCCAGGUGCGUUGACCCUUGGCCGCACGGAUGA